AUGAACGUUCUACAACAACCAGGCUCAUUAAGCCAACUUGAUUGGGAAUUUACCAUCGACCAUUUAGCAGAAUGUCCAGUCAGCGAUUUUUUUCCGGAUGAAAUUAAAGCUCCUGUUUCCAUCGCAGACACUCCCUCGCCAAAUCCAUCUCUAUCGGAGAUUGAGAACUUGCUCAUGGAAGAUUGCGACGACGGAGAGGGAACCGCGUCGCCGGGCUCCGACUAUGAUAAAUUUCUGGAAGACAUUCUCGUUCAGCCGCAUCCUCAAUCGGACGAAAGUGACAGAGUUGAUCCAUUAACGCCUGAAGAGCUUCCUCGUGAACCCGUCUCAAAGAAGCAAAUUAGGCAGAUGAGGAACAGGGAUGCUGCUGUGAAAUCAAGAGAGAGGAAGAAGAUGUAUGUGAAAAACCUUGAGUCAAAGAGUAGGUAUUUUGAAGGGGAACGCAGAAGGUUGGAGCAUCUGCUCCAGUGCUGUUAUGCUGAGAAUCAUGCUUUGCGGUUAUGUUUGCAAUCGCGUGGUGCAUUUGCUGCUUCCAUCACCAUGCAGGAGUCUGCUGUGCUCUUGUUGGAAUCCCUGCUGCUGGGUUCCCUGCUAUGGUUCAUGGGCAUCAUGUGCCAACUCAGUCUACCCCUUUUACUGUGGCUAACAGUGUUACCUCCAAGAGAAAACAUGGAACACAAAAGUCUAAGAAGGGUGGCUCUAAAAAGGCCAAAUAGUAAUAUCAAGUAUUUCCUGACUCAGUCGUUUGUAAAGAGUAGAAGAUGCCAAGCUUCAAGAUCGAAGAUGAAAGUUGAUUUUAUUGUGUUCUAA